ACUGCAUGCUGGUCUUCGGGCACUCGGCCCUGCACCUCCCGCCCUGGGGCUACACCCUGCUGCUCCUGCUCAGCUCCGCCACGUUUCUGCUCAGUCUCCUCAUCCUGGGGGCCCACCAGCAACAGCGCCGGCAGGACACCUUUCAGGUUCCCAUGGUGCCCCUGACUCCUGCCCUGAGCAUCCUCCUCAACAUCUUCCUCAUGCUGCACCUGAGCUACCUGGCCUGGAUGCGCUUGUCCAUCGGGCUGCUGAUCGGACUCGUGGUGUAUUUUGGCUACGGCAUCUGGCACAGCAAGGAGAACCAGCGGGAGCGGCCGGGGUUGACUGCCACACAAGGCAGCCUGGAGGAGAUGGUGUGGGCUGUGCCGUCCCCCAGCCAGGCACCAGCCCAGGAGCCCAGCAACAUGGAGCAUCCUGCCAACGAAUGA